CCUCCGCUCCCGGCCCGAUCUGGCCGGCCCCUUCCCGCUGCCGCCCCUGGGGGAGCCGGUCCGCCGCGGGUCACCAUGCCCAGCAAAACCAAGUACAACCUUGUGGACGAUGGGCACGACCUGCGGAUCCCCUUGCACAACGAAGACGCCUUCCAGCACGGCAUCUGCUUCGAGGCCAAGUAUGUCGGAAGCCUGGAUGUGCCGAGGCCCAACAGCAGAGUGGAGAUCGUGGCUGCCAUGCGCCGGAUUCGGUACGAGUUUAAAGCCAAGAACAUCAAGAAGAAGAAGGUCAGCAUUAUGGUUUCAGUCGAUGGCGUGAAAGUGAUCCUGAAGAAGAAGAAAAAGAAAAAGGAGUGGACGUGGGAUGAGACCAAGAUGCUGGUAAUGCAGGACCCUAUCUACAGGAUCUUCUAUGUCUCUCAUGAUUCCCAAGACCUGAAGAUCUUCAGCUACAUCGCCCGAGACGGUGCCAGCAAUAUCUUCAGGUGUAACGUCUUUAAGUCCAAGAAGAAGAGCCAGGCCAUGCGCAUCGUGCGGACGGUCGGGCAAGCCUUCGAGGUGUGCCACAAGCUCAGCCUCCAGCACACCCACCAGAACGCAGACGGCCAGGAGGAUGGUGACGGCGACAGGGACAGCAGCAGCUCGGGGGAACCAGGCCGCCAGCUCACUGGAGCCGAGAGGGCCUCCGCGGCCACCGCAGAGGAGACGGACAUCGAUGCAGUGGAGACCCCGCUCCAGGGAAAUGACAUCCUGGAGUUCAGCCGGGGCGUGACCGACCUUGACGCCGUAGAGAAGGAAGGAGGUGCCCACACAGACCCCAAGGCUUCCCCGCGCCCCCCGGAGCCCAUGCUGGCAGCCUCCCCCAGGAUGCUCCUCCCCUCCUGCUCCUCGAAGCCUCCGGGCCUGGGCCCGGGGACGCCGCUGUCCACCCACCACCAGAUGCAGCUCCUCCAGCAGCUCCUCCAGCAGCAGCAGCAGCAGACGCAAGUGGCUGUGGCCCAGGUUCACUUGCUGAAGGACCAGCUCGCUGCCGAAGCCGCUGCGCGGCUGGAGGCCCAGGCCCGCGUGCACCAGCUCCUGCUCCAGAACAAAGACAUGCUCCAGCACAUCUCGCUGCUCGUCAAGCAGGUGCAGGAGCUGGAGCUGAAGCUCUCGGGACAGAACGCCAUGGGCUCUCAGGACAGCUUGCUGGAGAUCACCUUCCGCUCCGGAGGCCUGCCGGUGCUCUGCGACCCCACCACCCCGCAGCCGGAGGACCUGCCCUCGCCACCCCCGGGCGCGGGCCUGGCCGAGCUGGCGCACCCCGCCGGCAGCCCCCUAGGUAGGCGCGACCGCCUGGUGAAGCUGGAGUGCUUCCGCUUCCUGCCGCCGCCCGCGGGCCCGCUGCUGGGCGGCCUGGAGCUCCUCCGGUUCCGCGAGUCGGGCAUCGCCUCGGAGUACGAGUCCAACACGGACGAGAGCGAGGAGCGCGACUCGUGGUCCCAGGAGGAGCUGCCGCGCCUGCUGAACGUCCUGCAGCGGCAGGAGCUGGGCGACAGCCUGGACGAUGAGAUCGCCGUCAUGUUCGAGAACUUGAACACGGCCCUUCCUCCGAAGCUGCAGCCCAGCUGCUCCCUCCCCAACCCAGCCAGGCCGGCGGCCCCCACCCCGGGGUCCGUGGAGCCUGGGGGGCCUGGGCUCCGCGUGGGUAGCAGCCAGCACCUCAAGAACCUGGGCAGAGCCGUGGGAGCCAAAGUGAAUGACUUCCUGCGGAGAAAGGAGCCCUCGAGUCUGGACGGCGCGGGCGCCAUGGAGGUCAACAGGACGGCGGGGGCGCGGCUGGACGGUGGGGCCGCGGAGGCCGACGGGCCAGCCCUGCAGGACGAGUUCCCGCGGCUGGACCCUCCACCUCCCAUUACCAGGAAGCGAACGCCUCGGGCCCUGAAGACCACGCAGGACAUGCUGAUCUCGUCACAGCCCGUCCUGAGCAGCCUGGAGUACGGGACAGAGCUGCCCCCUGGGCAGCCCCGGGACACCCUUCCCGCCCCCACGCCCGACGUCCCCACAGAGAUGUCGGACAGGGGCGAGGCUCUGGCCAACGGAGAGGUCUCCCUGUCAGUGCCCGACCUGAUCCACCAGGACAGCCAGGACGAACCCAAACUGAAGGUGACUGAGUGCAGACGGGCCUCGUCCCCGGGCCUCCUGGAGAGAAAUGGCCUCAAGCUCAGCCUGAGUCCCCUGCGCCUGGCUGAGCCACCAGACGACCCCGGGCCCCCUCCUCAGGCACGGACCUCCAGCCUGGAUAAUGAGGGCCCACACCCAGACCUGCUGUCUUUUGAGUAGGGCCCCUCCUCCCUGCCAGGCACCCCCUUCCCCUCCACCGUCUCCAUCCCUGGCACCCCCUGGCCCUUGCCCAGGCUCCGCGUCCCGUUUGCCCCCUUGUGCAGUGAUCUGUGGCCCAGUCCCCUCACGUGGGCUGUGUGGGGCCAGGUCCCCGAGGCGUCCUAGUUAAAAGCUCUGUCUGCCGAAUGCUAAAGGGCCAGGCUGCCGGCUGGAGGGUUGGGGCAUCUCUGCUCCUGGGUGGCCCGGACUUCCCACUGGCCUGCAGGGCCAGCGGCCUGGGAUGGAGGGUCCUACGGGACUUCUCUGCACUCCCUCCACCCCAUGCCCUGGCUCAUUUCUUCCGCCUCUGGUCGGGGGCCUCUGGCCGAAUGGGAAUGGGUGGGCUUGCCUGACGGCGGGCCCAGGCCUGGAAGACCCAGCUCCUCCUGGUCCCCUCGCCUCUACCCUUGGGGUGUGGGCCGGAGGAGGCACUUACCAGGCCUGCGGCCCGGGUGCAGCCCUGCCGCCAGGGGUGCUCAGGGCAUUUUCCACCUGCCCAGCUGGGGAGCACGCCAAGCCCCCCAGGCCUGCCCACUGAGGAGGUGCUGGGGAAAGUGAUGCCACCAGCGGCUUGUGGGAUCCAUGCGCAGAAGGAAAGGCCGGGGGCCCCUUGCUAUGUGAGGACCGGGCGAGGCAGGCCCCGGAGAAGCAUGGGGCAGAUUAGCAUCUUGCUUCGGGGGCGGCCUGGGAACAUGGCCUCCAGGGAGGCGGCCCCAGGAGGACCCAGAGCAGAAGUCACGGAGAAGAUAGGGUCAGGACAGAGCAGGCUUUCAGGGAGCACCCCGCCCCCCACAGCCUGAAAGGAUGCGGCUUUAGGGUCUGGGUGGGUGAGUGAGAGCCACAGUGACGAGGGAGCCUGGGAUGCAGCAGGAGCCCCGGAGCCGGGCCGGCCAAGCCACCUUCCGCUUGGCAGGAGCUGCUUUGUUCUGCCAUGUUGCCUGGGCCUCCCUGGAAGCCUUGCCCUUGGGAUCUGUGCCAGGGACUGACCCAGUUCACCCUGCCCUCCUGGCUUUGCCCACUUCCGUGUUCCUCUCUCCUGCCAAGAGACCCCGUGUGUGUGUGUAUGUGGCGGAGAGAGAAUCCCAACCCUGGGGGCCUUUGCAGCAAGGCGUCUUGAACAGGGUGGCCAGCUCCCAGGGACAAGGAGGCCCGGCCGGGCAGACUGUUGGGCUGUCUUCCCCCAAGGGCGCCUGCUGCCUCCCCUCCUCUGGCGCCCCUACAGGGCUCCCCUCCCAUCACCCAGCUCUUCCCUCCCUCCCCUUGCAUGCAGAACAUCCAAGCUAACCCCUGUAGACCUGGGAGCCUAGUAGGGGGUAGGGAGGAGGCUAGCCACCCACAGUGUCCACGGCCUGGCCCCCCACCUUCCAUUGCUCUGGAAAGCAAGGCCUCACUGCAUGCUCACAGCGAAGCCCAGUCUCCCCCACGAGGGGCUGCGCGAGCCCGGCCCCCUGCCGGCCAUGGUGCAGCGGGCAGUGAGUGGAGGUCUAGAUCCUGCCUUAACUCCAGGAACAUCGCGAGGAUGGGCUCCCAGACUCCAAGGCUCAGAAGCUCUCAGGACCAGCAUUUGGAAGCCUGUGAGUUUCCCCCAGAAUGGCUUGGAGUUUUGCCCAAGACACCGAGCACGGGAUGAGGGCAGAGAAUGGAAACAUGGGUGCUGGGCGCUGGCACGUGAGCCUCUGACCAGAAACUCAGUUUGGUGCUCUGCUGGGAAGCUUCGCAGGCCCCUGUGCUCCUUCCCCAGAGGUCAGGGUGGCCCCGGCCAGGUGGUAGGGCAGCCGCAUGUGCAGAGGGGUUGCAGGCCCGGCUGGCUUGAGCCCCCUGCUCCACAUGCCACAACCAGCCACUGCUGAGGUCCUGGCCCUCAGAGUCCGUGCAGGAGCCCUACCAGGCUGCCCCAGGGCUGCGGCCAGGAUGACCCUGGAGUUCUCCAGACUCGAGUCAGCAACCGGAAGAGGCUCCAGUCUCCAGCCUCUCUAUGAUCUCUACCGUGGCCGUUGUCCUCCAGCCAAGGCGAUGCUGCCACCUGGGGGAGGGGGGCUUGAGCCUGAAAUCCCAUCCUAGAUGCCGCAGACACUGCCCGGUGCUAGGGGCUAGGUGCCACCCCGAGACAGCAGCAGUGACAGCUUCUAAUCCCGCCAAGGGUCUUGGCGAAGACCAGUUCUCUGUCCAGUGCCCCGCUUGGCUUCCCAUGUCUGUCUCAACAGCCUGAUCUUCCUGUGAUCACAGCCUGGCAGCCGGGUCCCCCCACCCCCACACACCCAGAUUCUCUGGGAGCUUGGCCCUUGGGUGGCCCAGUCUACGCAAGGGCAGAACAAGAGUGAAGGACUCAUCUGCUAUGUCUGCACAAGGAAGUUGGGGGCACGGAGUCUUUCCUCUCCCCGUUACUCCCCCAACCCCACUGUACCCCCAUAGUCAGCACAUAGCUCUCCCUGAUGAAUCACAGGUGAGCUUCCAGACCCCGGCAGGUGUGCGGUUCAUUUCCCCACAUGGACAGAGGCGUGUCUGUGUUCUGUGCGUGGAUGGUCUGAAGACAGACAUGCACGGCAUCCAUCGACUUUGAAAGAACAAAGAGGUCGGCCCCGGUCUGGGAGAGGAAGAAGAUUACAGAUCUAUUCUGAGUAUUUUCUAGAGAUUUUAUAUUUAUAUUUUUAGUAGUUUUCCAGUAGAAGGAAACUGCAGAAAUAAAAUGAUCUGGUUUGGUUUC